CGUGUGACGUAUCUCGUAUUUAUUUUACCUCGUUCUCACGAUUGAGGUUAACUAACUUAGCUCGGGAUUUGUACUGUGCAUAUGUGUGUACUAUCAAAGACAGAUUGAGAACCGUUUUACAAGCAAUUAUUUUAUCCUAAUGACGGAAUAUAAAUUGGUGGUUGUUGGAGCUGGUGGCGUUGGAAAGAGCGCUCUAACCAUCCAACUUAUCCAGAACCAUUUCGUAGAGGAAUAUGAUCCCACAAUAGAGGACUCCUACAGAAAGCAAGUUGUGAUAGACGGAGAGACAUGUUUGUUAGAUAUCUUGGAUACGGCAGGUCAAGAAGAGUACAGCGCUAUGCGAGACCAGUACAUGAGGACGGGUGAGGGCUUUCUGUGUGUUUUUGCUGUCAACAGCACGAAGUCUUUUGAGGACAUUAACCAGUACAGGGAACAGAUUAAAAGAGUUAAAGAUGCUGAUGAAGUUCCUAUGGUGUUGGUGGGUAACAAGGUUGACCUACAAACACGGACCGUGGAGAGUAAACAGGCCAAACAGGUGGCGGACAGCUACAACAUACCCUACGUAGAGACCUCGGCCAAAACCCGACAGGGAGUGGACGAUGCUUUCUACACCCUCGUCAGAGAAAUCAGGAAGUUUAAAGAGAAGAAAGGAAAUAUUAAAAAGGGGAAAAGGAAGUUAUGUCGAUUGUUCUAAAACAUUCUGUGAUUUCAACCUUCCAUCUCGUUGUCUGCAGUUUGUGAUGCAAUACAGCUCACUCCAAAAAUCACUUCCAGUCCUGAUCAGGAAUCAUCAUCACUCUCUCAGUUUUCUAUUUAAAGUAAUCAGACAAUUCAUUCAAAUUACCCCCGUUGUUGCACCCUGUACAAGUGAAUAUAGAGAAACCUGUCUACUUUCGACAUCUAUGAUAACAAAAGUCCAGAAUUCAGGUAAUUUUGACCUCGCGUACCGGUAUAUAAAGUCUGGUGCCGAAACAUAAUCACAGAUUGCACGCUUGCAGAUUUUAACAUGGUAUUGACAAAUUACUCUGUAUAAGUCAAUUUACCGUAGGAUUUCAUUAACUACAUAAGUUUAAAAAUUACCUGUAGACAAUUGUAUUUAUUUAUGACUUGUAUUGCCUGUUAUUUUUCUACCAUGAUUAGUGUCAUUGUAAUGGUAAUCGUUUUUUUGUGGCAUUGGUUUUGGCGAGUGUAGUAUCCGACUCGGAACGCCAAGCAAUGAACCCUCCUUAGGAGUCUUAUAUGUACUACAUACGGUUCUGUUUGUUUUCAUUUUGCUUGAUUUUGGUGUUUUAGUCUCUUUACAUACACAUAAAAAAUGCAUUUAGAAAUCAUGUCACACUUUGAGAUACAAACAUGUUAUGUAUUUCAGUAUAUUUGCAUAUUAUAGCAAUUUUUAUGUACAAUGUAUGUUGAUUUAAUGGAUUUAUUGGGAAUUUUUGAAAAAAGUGUACUCACUAUAAAAGUGAAUAAUUAAGUAAUAUUAAAUGAUUGUCCAGUGUAUGAGGAAUUAACUCAUAUUGAUACAUUGUUUGAAAUAAAGGAAAUUUCAGCAUU